UAAAUAUACAAUAACAUAAAUAUAUAAAAAAUAUUUUGACACAAUUUGAUGUGAGCUUUUAAAAAUUUGUAUGAAAUCUGUUUUAAAAUACAUCAAAUUAUGAAAAAAUAUUUUUUAUAAUGUCUAUAUCGAGACAGGAAAAUGGGGACUACGUUUGUAUGGAGAAGCGGCCGUCCCCUUUCCUCUUCAUUAUGACACUCCUAGUAACUAAUUCCAGUAGCAAAUAAUAUGCUUGGUGCAUGUCAUUAUUAUUAAGCACUUUAGCACCUACCUAGCAUAAGAAUCAUUACCUACACGGAAAAGUACCUAGUCCAUCCCAUCGGUUGUACAUUUUAUUAUAAACCACUAAUUAAUUAAUUUCAUUUUGUAAGAUCAGUAGUACUGUCUAUUCUAAAUAAAUUAAGAUUAAAAUUAUUAACUGAAAAAUGAAGCUAGCCAAAUAUUGAAUAUCCAAAAAUUCUAAUACUUAUCGUUAAUAUUCCCGCCAAACAAGCUGCCAGUUCGAACGGAAGUUUAAUUUCAGUCAACCACCUUUUUUAUAGCACUUAUUAAAUUAGUAUUGUAGAUAUCAAAUCAUUGUCGUCCAUUGCCCCAUUGAAAAUAUUUAUUUUCAAUUAUUUCGUCGAUGGAACCUUUUAUAAAAUGCUAAAAGUAGGUUUUUAAACAGUAGUCAAUUAGCGGCGUUCCUGUCCGUCGCUUGUCAAAGUAUUCAACUUUUUUCACUCAUUUGUUUUUUAAAUGUGGAAACCUAUUGUAUUGGACGUUGAGUGCAUCGUUUGUAAUAAAACGUUGCAAAAAAUCAACCACGAUCCGCGUGAGAUAACAAGAAAAAUGGGAAAAAUUACUAAUCGUCGGUCAAGAACCCCAAAUUGGUCGCUUCAGGAAAAACAACAUUUGCUUGAAUUAAUUAGAGAACGAAAAGAAGUGGUCGUAACGAAGAGUAACAAUGGACCUAAUUAUUCAGAAGAAAAGGAUGUGGCUUGGAACGCGAUACUCCGCGAACUUACAAUUAAAUUUGGAGAUAAGUUCAUAGGCAGUUCUACAAAGAAAGUUAAGACACAAUGGCAAAACAUGAAAAGAAUCGCCCGCGAAGAAAUCGCAUUAAAUGGACCUGAAUUACACAAGUACACGAAGCUGUCUUUGGAAGUGUGUGAAAUUCUAGAGUUAUUGAAAGAUGGUGUUUUGAAAAAUGUGAGUGACAAUGAUAGUACACUUACCACUGAUGUGGAAAUAAAGGCUGAACGCAUUGAGGAGUAAGUACCUAGCCAUUGUUAACAGUAUCUUUAGCCUAUACCUACUAUUCAUGUUCUUAUGUCUGAAUCUGAAUAUUACCUAAAUUGUUUCACAGGUAACAUAACUUUUCUUAAUAUCUAUUAAUGUAU